AGUCCGGAGUCACGUGAAACGUCUCUGCAGAAACUUCAGUGUGCUGCGUUUUGCCUAAUUUUCUCUCAAAUAUUGAGCCGUUAUACAAAAGGCUAUAUUUAUAUCUGUAGGAUCCCUUGGAAGUGUGUAAUGGACGAGGAUGGGUUACCAAUUGUAGGGUCUGGAGUCGAUCUUACCAAGGUUCCUGCCAUACAACAGAGGAGAGUUGUUGCCUAUCUCAAUCAGUUUGUUGUGCACACAGUCCGUUUCCUCAACCGAUUUUCCACAGUGUGUGAAGAGAAACUUGCAAACAUAUCUCUUCGCAUACAGCAGAUUGAAACCACCCUCUGCAUUUUGGAGGCCAAGUUGUCCUCCAUCCCUGGACUGGAGGAUGUCACAGUAGAUGGACUCAGCCAGCAGCAACCUGCACAGACAAAUGGACCCGUUACCGCCAGUCAGAACCAAACAGAUGGUCCACCAGCGGGGGCACCUCCUCCCUCAGAGCCGGCUCAGAGCUUACCAGAAGCUGCACCUGCACAAAAAGCAGAAGUGGCUGUGGAGAAUGUCAUGACUGUGGCCAAGGACCCACGAUAUGCCCGGUACCUCAAAAUGGUUCAUGUGGGGGUUCCAGUUGUAGCCAUUAGGAAUAAAAUGGUGCUGGAGGGUUUGAACCCCAACCUGCUUGACACACCUGAUGCUCCUGUCCCCGAUGAUGCGACAAGGACCGCAGAGGAUGAAGAAGUCGCAGCUGCCAACUCUGACAGUGAAUCAUCUUUCAGCGACUGACAUCCCUGUUCGGUCCUCGUCACUUCGGAGCUCCGUCUGGACGGUAUUCGUUGAAGCCUUUUACGGGCUGCAGAGGAGCAUGCGGCUGAAUUGUGCCUCUUUCUUAGGAAGGUCGGUGAAAAGGUGCAUGUGAAGGUACCUGAGUGAUUGUAAAAUAGUGGACUGAAAUAGUUCUGAUGGUCGUCAGUCAGCCGCCACGACUUUCAUCCACCAUUUGCAGUUUUUCAUCAAUAAUUAUUCAUUUGAGAAAGAUGGAAUCAUUUUCUGUUGAUGUAAAGAGUUGUCCUGAAAGGAUGAUGUUAAGUUUUCUGCAAAGUAGAAUAAUAUAUAAGUUAGAAACACCGGUAUUGACAACCCGAUCUCAGUUUCAUGCCUUAAAGACUGCAGUAACACCACUGGCCGAAGGAUGGGUCGGCCCCUUCACGGCACCGAGUCUUGGGCUUUUUCCGGGACGUCCCAUUUUUGGUAUCCGAGUUCAUGUUUGGGGCAAAAGUUUACCUGCAGAACUUAGUUAUCUCAUAAGAUGAGAAGUGGUUUCGGUGUCGUGCCGGAUGGGUGGACGCCCCCCAACUGGUACUUCUGAUAUUGUUGCAGGCUCCAAAUAAAAUAAUGAUGGAAAAAUGCUGAAAACCAUGAAUGUUUAUGACUCAGCGUUGUAAUUUAAUUUCUUGUUGACAUUCUGGAUCAUUUAGAUUUGCGCAUCUGUCACAGAAUAAUUACAGCGGUCACAGAAAUUGUAUUUAUAGACUGUAUUAUACUGCAAAUUUAUUUCUUGUUUCUUGAUUGUAUUUGUAAAUGAAACUAUAUUAUAAUUCAUGAGUGACUGAUAAUAGAUACUAAUCAUUCAUUGUGCAUUUUACUUUGUUUUCUGCAUUACUGCUUUAAUGUUUUGUCCAGAAAAAAAAGAAGAGUUGUUUCACACUAAACCUACUGGAAACAAACUUGCACUAAGAGGUAAAUGCUCACAAACGGACCACUUGACAGAAGAGACUAAACUAAAGUUUUAUUCGUCUCCUCAUAUUCAAAGUGAUCAGAACUCGUGAGCAGACGUCUGAAAAUGUGAAACACUCAGUAAUGUUUUUCGGUUGAAAUGAAAAGCAACUUUCACAUCCGUGACUUUUCCUUUUAAUAAAGACGAUAACAGUGUUAAAAAUGAAAAAGUGCAAUUUAUUUUUCAGGUCUAAAGUCUGUACAGUACAUCAUGUCAUAAGCAAAAGUACAAAAGUAGUUUGGUGAUUGAAAAAACAAUAAACUUUCCUUGUGAAAACAGCAA